UGAUUAUUUACAGCAAUAGUAAUAGUAUCCUUGAUCCUUAAAAUAAAAUAUUUUUGUAUUAUUUUUACAACAAUUAGUGGGUAUAAAAGUCAGUUGAGUAAAGAACUGUGUUUAAUAGAAGAUGAUUGUGGAAUUAUUUAUAUAAACAGAUACAAAGCUAUAUCAAAUUAUACUAAAACCUAGCUUAUAAUUUUAAAUAUAUAACAAACUACCUAUAAAUCUUAAUUUCUUUAAUGUUUCACUUAAAAAUAGUACUUAUAGGCCCUUGUAAGAAUUGAUGAUUUUCAAGAUAUUUAACUCUGAAAACUUUUAAAUGCUGCCAUUUUGAAAUGGAAAGUAAUUUAAUUUUUUAUUAAUUGACCUUUAAGUGGCAUUAAUGUAAAAUAAUGCUAAUUUUGAAGUUAUAUCAACCAAUUUUGAUAAGUGAUGUUUAAGACCAAAAGAGAGAACACACAAGACACUAAAAGAAGCAAGAGUGGAAAAACAACUAUAGCAAACUUCCUAUCAGACAGUACAGAAAAUGUUGGUGGUGAAUAUAGACCAACACAAGGUGUUAGAAUUGUUGAGUUUGAAACACAAAAUUCAAAUAUAAACAAUGGAGGUUUCAAAACUGAUGUAGAGUUGUGGGACUGCAGUGGAGAUUUGAAGUUUGAAAGCUUCUGGCCAGCCAUAUAUAAAGAUGCUAAUGGAAUUGUAUUUGUGUGUGAUUUAUCUGUUCCUGAUGCCUCAAGCAAACUUGACUACUAUUUUGAAUCUUUUGUGAAUCAAAAUAGUUUGUUAAGCAGUAAGAAUUGUCUGCUGAUAGAAAAUGUCAAGAACAAUGAAAUUCGAGUUUCAUCACUAUCAAAUGUUUUUUCAAAAAUGCAACACAUUUCUAUCAAUGGAGAGGAAAAUAUCCAGAAACUUGGAGAGAAAUUUAAUAAAUACAUCUCUACUCUUUUGAGUGGAGUGCGGGACCGCAGUGAACAGGAUGAACUCAAUAUUUUAACAAUAUCAUAAUUAAUUUUAUUCAAACCACAAUCAGCAUUGUUCAAUAUUCAGUUUUAAAAUCAACAUAUUUUUUGUAUAUUACUGGUUACUAAGGUAAACUUACCAAUCAUUAAUACAAUUAGAAACAUUAAAAUAUUUAAAAUUUCAUUUCCUUUAGAAUAUUAACUAUAAAUUGGACAUUUAUUUCCUAAUUAUUAAUAAAUAUAUACAUUAUGUGACAAUAGUGUAGCAAAUUAUUAAUUUCCAUUAAAAGUGAUCUAUUUUCAUUUAAAAAGAAAUUACAAUAUGAUUCUUUUAAAUUCAACACCAUUGACUUACAUGGACAUGUUUUGUGUUAUAACUAUACAAGUUAAAAUCACAAUCUUUGUAUAAUUUUUACCCACAUAAAAAUUGUGUAAUGGUG